AUGCUGCUGGGAGUGCUCGCCGCGACGACGGCGCUGAAGACGGCCUUCGGAGUGGUCGGCACAAGCCUGUGGCUGAUCCCGCUGCUCAUUGCAGGGAUGGCCUACUACCGCUACGAGGCGUUGGACCCCGAGUCGCGCCCCAUCGACCGCUACCCGCUGUACAAGACGUACGACUUCGUGGUGGUGGGCGGUGGGUCGGCGGGCGCCGUGGUGGCGGCGCGCCUCUCCGAGGUGCCGCACUGGAGCGUGCUGCUGCUGGAGGCCGGCGGCGACGAGAACGAAAUCUCAGACGUACCCUCGCUCGCCGCUUACCUGCAGCUGUCGCAGAUGGACUGGCAGUACAAAACGGAACCCACGGGGAGGGCCUGCCUGGGACUGAAGGGCGGCCGCUGCAACUGGCCGCGCGGGAAGGUGCUGGGCGGGUCCAGCGUGCUCAACUACAUGCUUUACGUGCGUGGCAACCACCACGACUACGACCACUGGGAGGCGCUGGGAAACCCCGGCUGGGGUGCACGAGAGGCAUUGCGAUACUUCAAAAAGUCAGAAGACAACCGCAAUCCGUACCUCGCAAGGACUAAGUAUCACUCAUCGGGAGGCUACCUGACAGUGCAGGAAUCCCCGUGGAGGACUCCGUUAGCGAUAGCUUUCGUCCAAGCGGGCACGGAGCUUGGCUACCAAAACCGCGACAUCAACGGCGAGGAGCAGACGGGCUUCAUGCUGGCGCAGGGCACAAUCCGGCGCGGCUCGCGCUGCUCCACCGCCAAGGCCUUCCUGCGGCCAGCGCGCCUGCGCAGCAACCUGCACAUCGCGCUUAAGUCGCACGUGACCCGCGUGCUCAUCCACCCCAAGACGCGGCGCGCGCACGCCGUCGAGUUCGUGCGCAACGGCGUGCGCCAAAUCGUAUACGCCAAGCGCGAGGUGAUCGUCUCCGCGGGCGCCAUCAACUCCCCGCAGAUCCUCAUGCUGUCUGGCAUCGGGCCCGCCGCACAACUGCGCAAAUUUAACAUCCCCGUAGUGAAGGACGCGCCGGUCGGGGAGAACAUGCAGGACCACGUGGGGCUUGGCGGGCUCACGUUCUUGGUAAACAAGCCGGUGGCGAUCGUGCAAGAGCGGUUCCAGACCGUGCCCGUCACCAUGCAGUACAUCAUCCACGAGCGCGGUCCCAUGACUACCUUGGGCGGCGUGGAGGGCCUGGCGUUCAUCAACACCAAGUACGCCAACAAGUCCGGCACUUACCCGGAUAUCCAGUUCCACUUUGCGCCGGCUUCAAUCAACUCCGACGACGGGGUGCGCGUCCGCAAAGUGCUCGGCAUCACCGACCGCGUGUACAACAGCGUGUAUAGGCCCAUCUCCAACAGGGACACGUACACGCUGAUGCCUCUGCUCCUGCGGCCGCGCUCUCGCGGGUGGGUGCGUCUGCGCAGCGCCAAUCCCUUCCACUACCCGGUCAUUAACGCCAACUACUUCGCCGACCCCUUCGACGUGGCGACGCUCGUCGAGGGCGUCAAGUUCGCGCUGCGCAUCGCCGACUCGCGCGCCAUGCGCGCCUACGGCUCCCGCCUGUACCGCGUCCCGCUGCCCAACUGCCGGCGCCACAGGUUCGCCUCCGACGCCUACUGGGAGUGCGCCAUCCGCACCACCACCAUGACCAUCUACCACCCGGUGGGCACCUGCAAGAUGGGCCCGCCAUCCGACCCGGAGGCUGUGGUGGAUCCGCGCUUGCGGGUGUAUGGCGUGCGCGGCCUGCGGGUCAUCGACGCAUCGAUCAUGCCCACCAUCGUCAGCGGCAACACCAAUGCGCCCGUCAUCAUGAUAGGCGAGAAGGGCGCCGAUCUCAUCAAGGAAGACUGGUUGAAGCCACCCAAAGGAAAGUGA